UGCUGCUCUCGCUCGCCUGCAGCACCAUCGCCGGCCGCCAUCUGCUCCAGUUUGGAACCGUCAUCACCACCGCCAUCAAACGCUACGAAGCGUGGUCAACGGUUUCCUCGAGCACUGGUGUCCUGACUGGCUCGUCUUCCCUGCGUGCUGACGU